AUGGUUGAUGACCUCGAUCUUCAAGAAGCGAAACCAUCAUCGGUAACCACCGGGCCUGGGAGAUCCGGCGUCGUUAAGUACGAGUUAGAAUGGAAAAACAUCUUGACGAUUGCAAACGAACCGAACCUGGUCGAAUUGCGACAACUAGCUGUGCAAGGUGAAUUGCGUGCUUCUCCAUUCCGCAGCGUAUGUUGGGCGGUGUUCCUCGGAGUUUUAGAAACACCUAAGACGGAAAGAUGGCCUGAGCAACGAUCAGUUCUACGUGCUCAUUACCGUCAAAUCAAGGUUCAGUUUGUACUAAACCCGCAUGAACAGACUACAGAUGUAAGCGAUGAUCCGUUGUCGCAAUCGAAACAAAGCCUUUGGAAUCAACACUUCUGUGAUCAGGAAUUAUGUGCUGUGAUAAAGCAAGACGUCGUUCGCACCUUUCCCGGUGUCGACUUCUUUCGCAAACCGGCGAUACAGGAAUUGAUGACAAAUAUUUUAUUCUGUUACGCUCGACAGUUUCCUGCAAUGUGCUAUCGACAAGGAAUGCACGAAAUUCUAGCACCACUAAUAUUUGUGAUACACAGUGACCAGCAAGCUUUGGCUCACAUACAGGAACUGCAUCCGGAUAUAGACCGCAACCUGCAGACAAUAUUAGAUCCACAGUAUUUAGAGGAAGAUUCAUAUGCAAUAUUUUCCAAAAUUAUGGCUCAAAUUGAAUCGUUUUAUCGAAUCACGGAUGUAGUGCCAACGGCAACGGGCUACUUUCCCGCUCAAACUCCUGGUAGUCCAGCUGGGGAGAAUCCUGCUGGUGUUAAACGAAAACCUGAAGUGGAAGUAGUUGAACAGCUGAACUACAUCAAAGAUAAAAUUCUCAUAAAAGAAGAUCUCCAUUUGCACAAUCGUCUACUAAAACUUGACAUUCCAUUGGCUAUUUUCGGCAUACGAUGGCUACGAUUAUUAUUUGGUCGUGAGUUUGCUUUGCAGGAUUUACUGCUGCUCUGGGACGCCAUAUUCGGUGAAAGCUACGAUCUCGGCCUUAUUAACUAUAUUGUCGUUGCAAUGCUGGUUCGGAUAAGAAAUAAGUUAAUUUAUAGCGAUUAUACCACCUGUCUGUCGUACCUAAUGCGCUAUCCUAGCAAUAUUGAUAUUGCUCUUAUAAUACGACACGCAUUACACAUGAAAUCUCCCAACAAAUAUGAGCGUCCCGCGGAUGCGAAAAUCUUCCUUUCAUCACCGAGCCAUCAAGCUCAACCUCAGUCAAAGCCGAUUCGCCCAAAAACGGGAGAGAUUAAUCAUCAAAAAUAUUCGACGCUUCCAGCGGUUCACCAACGCCGGGGGCAACUUACUGUUAACGAUCAUCCACUACAAACGCGAUCAUCGGUGACCGAGGACCGACAAAGAACAAGUUCACUUCCCAGAAAUAGCGGAUCGAUGCGAAUGUCCACGGCGGGUGAGUUGCGACAAGCAGCUUGUCUAGCCACCAAAAAAGCGAUUAUAGAUUCGUCUCAAUCAGAUAUUCGUGACCCUGUUGUCACAGAUGGUUAUCGCGAAGAUGAUCCUGAACUGCUACGAAUUGAGCUGCAGAAUGCAUACAACAUUAUGUCAGUGGGCCGCGCCAAACUACUACAAUACUUGACUGUACUGCGGCGUAACAUACGACCAACUAAUCACCAAAGUGAAGUGCAACAAUCACUCGAAGGUAUAGAGGAAAUUUGCUCGCUUCUGAAGCCAAGGUAUGAUACGGUAUUUCGCAUCCCAGCACCCAUUGACACGGCCAUGGAAGCAAAUGAAGAUCCUCAAAAGGUGAAGAAACCAUUACCCGGUACAGCUCGAAUGGUUCAAUCUGAUGUACAGGAUGGAAAUGUGCAACGAAUGAAUGCACCACCCACCAGUUUGAAUCUGACACGCUCGUACAAUUACGAUCUCGACUGUCGAAGGAAUAGUUCAUCGCAAUCAAAUAUUACCCAAUACGAAAUUCCUGAAGAUCGGUAUAGCAAAAUAGCUACAAAAAAACUUGGCAACAAGAAAGAGGUAGAGAUGAACGUGAUCACAAAAAAUUUUAGCGACCGCAAUCGGCGUCACGACGAUAAGGAUUUACCCAACACUAAUCCACUUUGUAAAGAACGCUCAGAAUGACGAUUCUGAUAACCAUAUUCGCUUUGUAGUAUAUUGAUGGUUAGGCAUACUUUCAAUCAGCUUCGAUUGGUUAAUAUCGAUAGAAACUAUUCGAUAACUAUUCUAAUCCACGCGCGUCGAUAUGGCCUUGUUAUUUGUAAUCAAUCAAAAUCAUACAAGAUAUUUAUGUUUAAUCCAAACAAGCAAGCAUGAAAACACCUAUUAGAAAGAAUGAAUUUUAUUGAUCAAGUCGCCAAUCAAGUGUAUACAAUGACUUUGAAAUUUUGCUUUGAUACAUUUUUUAUAAUUACAUAAUGUAAAACUA